AUGCAGUCCGACAAACACUCCGUCGCGAGUGGACAGGAAAUAGAGACAACUCGCGAAGCAGAAUUUGCCGAGCAGGUACAGAGCGAGGAUCUCGAAAAGCAGCCCACCAGGAAAAACCGUCAUGGUAUUGCACUGGUCCCACAACCUACUGACGAUCCUGAAGACCCCUUGAACUGGUCUACGGCCAGGAAAAGCACGACAUUGGCCAUCUUGUGCCUGGCUUCAUUCGCUGGUAUCGUUCAGGCCCUCGCCAACUCAGCUGGCUUUUUCGUACAAGCUGAACUGUACCACAAAUCCCCCGUCGAUGUAUCCUACAGCCUCUCUGCCGCCAUCGCUGGAUUGGCAGUUGGACCUUUGCUGUGGACACCAGUCGCGAGACAGCUGGGAAAGUGCGCAGUUAUCUUCUGGUCAUUGAUCUUGACGCUGUGCAUGAAUAUUUGGUCAGCAAGGAUGACCAGCGGUGACGACUAUAUUCCUUUUGUGGUGUCUCGACUUUUUGCAGCACUUUUUGGCUCAGCCGCGUCUGUUGUGGGAUCCAAGUUCAUCAUCGAAGUAUUCUUUCUCCACGACCGGGGCAAGUGUAUUGCAAUCUACACAUGCUGCGUCCUGCUCGGAACGGUGGCCAGUGCCACAUUUUCCGGCUUCAUUGUCCAGGAUGCUAGCUGGACGGUUCAAUUCUGGUACAAUGUUGGCGUCGAGGGCGUCGUUGCAGUAUUAUGUCUAAUAUUCCUUCGAGAAACUGGGUGGACAAGACCUGGAGGACCUGAAUUCCCGCCCAGACCAAAGACUCGAUUCCAAGAGUUCACGGCCACGUAUUUCUUCACACGACGGACGACACCACCAGAGACCAUCGCGCAGACUUUCCGAGCGGCUCUGCUACCACUUGCUAUCGGUGUCUCUCCAGUGACGAUGCUGGUCGGUUUUCCACUUAUGCUCUAUUUUUCAUGGUCGGUUGCAGUGACCACCCUCCUCUCCGUCUUUCUCCAAGAACCUGUGGAGGCCGGUGGCUACGCCUUCUCUCCAAGGCGGAACGCAGCUUUCACCUUUACCCAGUGGGUAGGUGUCUUCGUUGCCCAGGCAUAUGGUCACUUUGUCAAUGAUCGGCUACCUUUAGCUAUCUGCGCCCGUCGGGGAGGAAAGUGGCAGGCUGAGUACCGCCUACAUUCAUUGUGGGUGCCAAUCUUGAUCGUUUAUCCUCUUGGCCUCGGAAUCUUCGGAGCUAGUCUCCUCUAUCACUGGCAUUAUAUGGUUUUGGCUUUUGCCGUCUUCCUCAUCACCUUCAGUGGGGUGGCCGGAGUGCCAGCCGUCGUCAAUUACGUGAUCGAAGCAUUCACCCCAGCGUACGCGAACGAGGCCACCGGCAUCAUGAACUUCUACCGCCUCGUGUUCGGCAUAGCUCUCAACUUCUUCCUAUUCCCUUGGGCCGCAAAGGUGGGUAUCAACUGGUGCUUCGGAAUGAUGGCCUUCUUUACUAUCUUUGCCUUCCUACUGAUCAUGAUACCAAUGCGGUACGGGGAGACCCUACGAAGAUAUAAUCUAGUCAAGGCCAAGUCCGAGGAAGGGAUGAUGAUCAUCAGAGGACAUUGA